AUGUUCCACUUAGUUCUGCUAUUCGCCGCCGCGGCGCUGCUCGGCGGGGGCCGAUCUUCGAAUGUCAACAGACACAUGAAAUUGCUAGAAAUGGACAACAACAUUGAAUUAAAUGUGCAAUCGAGGCAGGCGUUGAGGAAAUUCCUCACGCUGACGAGGAAGCCCAGCCCCCUGACGCUGCAUCCGGCAGGUGCACCGUUGGAGCUGACCUGCGAAGCCCUCGGCGCCCCAGCGCCCUCUGUGCAUUGGUUCAAAAACGACGCUCCGGUUUACGAGUACGACACAGAGUCCAACGAGAUAAUAGACACAAAUCCGACGUCCCUCGCGCGGGUCUCCUCGACCCUGCUGGUGCCGAGGGUCGAGGGCAGGGCGGAGUACUCCUGCCUGGUGGCAGCGGGUUCGAUCACAGUAAAGGCCUCCACCGUGGUGUAUAGCACGGGUGAGGUGCCGGAGCCGUCGGAGCGGUCGAAGCUGGUGCCGCUGGCGCCUCGCAUCCUGGUCAGCUACAAGAUCUUCGUGGACUGGAUCGGGAGCAGCGUGGUGCUGCCGUGCCGCGCCAAGGGCCACCCGCGGCCCAAGGUCAGCUGGCGGGACAACGCCGGCCGCCCAGCCACCAGGGACCCUCGCAAUGAAGGUACGGCUCGAGAGUUCCGAGGCCUCACUAAAUUGGACAGGGGUACUGUGCUCCGCUCCGGCGAGCUAGUGAUCACGUCGCUGCGGUGGAGCGACAUGGGCGAGUUCGUCUGCCAAGCGGCCAACAUGUUUGGUAGCCAGCUGGCCAGGACCUUCGUCUACCCGGCUAAGGCGGAA